UAGAAAACCAGGUCUUCGAAGGCCUAGCAGCAAAAACCAUUGUCAUAUUCGGAAUCAGCAUAGUCGAUAACCUAUUCUCCACUAGAUUUCAACAAAAAAGCGAGCGGACACUUGGGGCAGUUCCCUCUUUAGACAUUCUGAUGCUCUUUUGACGAAGGUUUUACUAUCAAUAUUAUAGGGGGUUUCGAUGGUAUUUUGGUGGGCAUUGAUGAUUGGGAUGAAAUGCAAGAAUUUGAGAGUUUCUGGAUGGAUGAUAUAUCAAUGUUCUUUGAUGAUGAUGAUGAUGAUGUGGUGUUUGUUGAAGAGUGUCGUGGUGAAUGGUGUGAGUUUAAGGAAGAUCGUGGUGAUGAUAAUGAUGUGAUAUUUAUGGAAGAGCGUUGUGGUAGUGGAAGCAUCUUGUAUGAAGGUGCAUUGAAAACUGAAUUAGAAAAUGUGUGUGGUGGUGGUGAGGAUGGUCUAAUCUUUAUGGAGGAAUGUGUUUCAAUGAAUGUAUAA